GUUCCACACCCCGGCUUUGGGGCGCGGUGUUUACAGCAGUGUCGGAAGUGACGUAUAAUGCAGCGGCCGCCGGUGUCCCCCAUGUGGAAGCGAGCGCCGCUGGCAGUAGCAGGGCGGGUGGCCGGAGGGGUCUUUUCGCGCCUGACAUGAAUCCGUUCGCCUGGUACCCGCCGCCGCCUCCCAUGUUCAGGCCACCUGUGUUCUGCCCGCCCCCCGCCUGGGACCCCGGCUUCUGGGCGCCGCCGCCUGGGGAUUAUCCGCCGCCCGGCGCAUGGUACCAGCCCUCACCGGCGUACGGGGAGCUGCCGGGAGCCCCGCACCCAGGUGGAAAUUGCCAUUUCACCCAAGAAUGGCAAGCUGAACCAACACCUGCAUUUUUUAAACAUUCUCCAGGUGGAAACUUCAAGCAAAAGAACAAAAGAAAAAAAGAACCAGUUUUCUCUCAUUACUGUGAUACUUGUGAUCGUGGCUAUAAAAACCAAGAAAAAUAUGAUGAACAUGUUGCACAGCACACACAGUGUGCAGAAGAUGGUUGCAGUUUCAGUGCACAUGAGAAGUUGGUUCAGAUUCACUGGAAGAAUAUGCAUGCUCCUGGUGCUAAAAGAAUACAAUUAGAUACUCCAGAGGAGAUUGCUAAAUGGAGAGAGGAAAGAAAAAGAAACUUUCCUACGUUGGCAAACAUUGAAAAGAAGAAAGCAUUACAGAUAGAAAAAGAGGAGAGAGGAGACGUGCUGACAACUGCACAGUUUGGCAAAAUGAAGGGAAUGUGGAAAGCUCCACAAGAUGAAGAGAUUUCUGGGUGGCAAGGAAGACAGAAGAAGAAGCAGAAGCGUCAGUUCUGGAAGAAGUUUAAGAAAGGUGAUGGAGAUGAUGCAUCUCUGCUGAAAGCUCAGAAUGCAGCUAGUGGACCAGAAAAUCACACGUUUGUUAAGAAACCUGAAAAACAAUCUGUUUCAGAUGCGCAGACCUGUAUGAAGGAUGUGGAUCCACUUGGCAUUCUGGCAAAUAGUGAUGCUGAGUCGGACAAGGAUGGAGCAGCUGCAGAGGAUGGAAAGUUGGGACUGACUGUCAUUCCGAAGCAGGUAACCUCUGCCCUGAGUUCACUGGUGACCAACUAUGGCAGCACAUCAGAUAGCGAGAGCGAGCCAGAGGAAGUUCCUGCCAAGAUUGUAGCAAAAGCUCUUAAGGAAAAUCAGACUAUCCUCCGAAAUAUCCCUCAAGCUUCAAAUAUCCCUCAAAGUCCAAAUAGCGUAAAUCGCAGGGAACGUGCAGAAUUUGCAAGUGCAACGUUGGCGAGCUCAAAUGCAAACAAAGGGCAUUGCAGAGGUUCUGACAGACGGAGGAAGAAGUCGCUCCCUGUACUGCCCAAACGUCGUCCAACACUGCUGGAAAUGUUAUUAGCCCAGGACAUACGACACGAAAGGAAUGUGAUUCUGCAGUGUGUUCGAUACGUCAUCCGAAAUGACAUGUUUGGACUUCACUUAAAGACAGAACCAGUAGCUGAAACUGACAGUGGACAGGCUUCUAGAGCUGCAGCGGAGUUUUUGACAGACAGACCUGAUGAAUCUAAUGUUUCUUGUAGCUCUGACCUUCAAUUAGCAGAAGGAGAACAAGAUGCAUUAUUUAUAGCUCAAAGUGAAAAAGCAGCUAUAGGUCAGGCGUCACAGAUGAUUCACUAUAUAGAUGAGGAGACAUGGGAAACCCCAGCAAGGCAAUGUGAAGAAAACUGACAUUUGUUAUGGUAUGCCUGUGUCAUGGAGGGUAAACCAAAGGUUCAACUUUUUGUACUUCACUGAAAUAUUUUUUGACAAUAGAAUAGAAAAAAAUAAAUCUUACCUUUUUGUAUUUUAAGAACCAUUAAAACCACUUUUCAGAACACUCUGUCAGAAGUGACCCUUUCCUUGUGGAAAUUGCAUCCAUUUCAGAUGGCUCGUUGCCUUCUACUUGAAAAGCUCAGUGUAGUGGAGCAUAGUUAAUCUUUCUUCAGUAGCAGUAUUUGUUUGCCCAUGGGAUUGAAUUGAGGACUCUUCAUUACAGAAUAUGCCAGUGUUUUAAAACCAUAAUCACAGCAAAAUGAUGCUGUUGAUAAUGGUGCUCUCUAACUUGCUCAGACAACCAGUUGUCACUGGAGGGUUAGUGGGCCUCUGAAUGUUUUGGAAUAAAUUUUUUAAUACAUCUCUCAGCUGUUGUUAGUUUAAAAUAUAAAAUUUACAAAAUAGUUGGUUUGGGUCUAAAACUUUCACACUGAAAUCUACCACUAGUGCAAUAAAUGAGUUGAGCAGAGAGAAUGGAAGCACAGUUAAGGUGGUGGCAGCUUUAGGUGGGGAGUUAAAUAGAGAGUAGAAAGUUGUUUGUUUGAAAUUAUUCAUUAAGUGACAAACCAGUAGCUACUGCUACCUUUUAUGCAUCCUUUAAUAACUGCCUGUAACUUUAGACAUAGCUUCACCUCAAGCCUUAACUGCUGUGGCUGGUCAUUGCUUGGCUGAACUAGCUCUUGAAAUGGAUCCUUAUUGCUUGUAGGAAUGAGUGCUAUAUUUUACUCUGUAUUUAAAUUGUAACUUGGAGUUAAGGAAACUUCCUAGGAUGAGUUUCUGUUUAUCUCCCCUAGUUAAUAUAAAAUUAAGACUGUUAUCUGGCAUUCUAUAACCUGUUUUUUCUGAUUCAUUUUUAAAAUGCCGGUGACACAUCCCGUGGAUUUCCUUGGAAUUGUGCUAUUAAUGUCACUCGUACAAAAUGUUCAUUCCUCUCCGUGGUGCCUGAAGUUAUAAAUCUCAUACAAGCUUUUAUGAGCUUUAAAGUUACAUUAGUUGAGGAUUUAAAAAUAAAUUCACCACCUUUUGGUUAAAUUGUGUAGACAUUUGUCAGGUACCGUCUUGUGAAGUUCAGCUGUCAGUUUGUCUCACUCCCAGUGGAAAUAUGGAAGUGACUUAGUCUGCUUAAAAAUAGUUCCCCGCAUUCUGUAUUUUAGCCACAAUUAUUGCAUAUCGUAGGCUCAGUUUCUAAAUUAAAUUGCCUUCUCAAGAAAUACAUUGAUCUUUCUUUGUUUUACUCAUUCUGGUACAAGUACACCCCUCUAUGUAACCUGCGGAAUACUAAGGACCCUAGGCUUUUUUUGUAUUAUCCAAUAGCUGUAUGUAUUAAGUUAUCUUGUUCAGUUUUUAAAACCCUUGCCAGUUUUGUGGAAAUAAAUCUUGUUCAUGGAGUACAGGAGGCAGGGAAUAGCUGAAAAAUCCAUCUUUACUGCUCUACUAUAUAUAGCUACGCUGUAUACUAUGUUUGUAAGAUACUGUGUACAUUUAUGGAAUUUAUAUAAAUAUUGGCACUCAUGUAGGAGGGUGGUGAGUCCUAGGAAUGUGUAUAUGUAAUAGAUUAUUAAAUACAGCAAUCAUCAACUUGUUAUAUAUGUACUUGCAAGCCAGAUGACUGAUCGUUCCCAUGGUGGUCCCACAUACCGUCACUUCAUUUUAUUACCUUGAGUGUGGCUCUUACACAGUUUACUGCAGUGAAAAAUAAACAGUGAAAAUUUAGCUAAGGAGAUUGGAACCUUUACAGAAUUUGGUUUCUGGAUACACUUAUAUUCAGUCUGGGUGUGGGGGUUGGGUGGAAGGGGCAUCAAAUCAACAGUUGCAUUGGUGUAGUGAACAAAAAUGAGCAAGUUAGGAUUACUACAGAAUUGCACUUUUUUUUUUUGGUAACUAAUCCACUCCUUAAGGUCCUGCUCUUGUUCCUAUUGAAAUUUGUGGCAAAUCUCCCUUUGCAGAGGGAGAUCCUAUGUGAGGAAGGCUCUGCUAUGAAUUGCUUGUACCUCUGUUCCCUGAUUUAAGAUUAUUAAAAUCCUAAGUAUUUCUCCUCUCUUCCCUCCGCCCUCCCCUCCCCCCCCAGGUUGUGGUGGGCUUAGGGGCCUUUCUGGGAAAAAACAUUUAACAUAGAAGGACUUCCUGUCUUAAAUCAAUAAUUCAUUUUGCUUUUGUUGUGUUUGUACUGCAUAUAUUUAAAACUGCCUUUUGUGCUCCAGGAAUGAGCUGCUUCUGCUUAAUCUAAGGGGAGAUAUGUAAGUUGCAUUAAACCAGGAAUAGCAGCCUUGGUCUGCAUACAGAAAACCCGACUUUUUCACUUUGGUUCCUUUUGUAGGUCAAUAGGGAGUUUCACCUGACAUUCCAGAAUUAGCUUUCCUAAUUCCUUUUAUCUAGCCUUCACAUUAAUGCUGUAAUUUCCUGUCUUGUUUAUGUCAAGCAGCUUCAGUUUUGCUUCUGUGGCUUUGCCUUUUCUUUUUGUAUCAGAGUAGGACUAUGAGUUUUUUCCUCUCACUUGCAUUACGAUACCUGUCUGUGGCUGUGUAAGAAAUAACCAGUUGCAUUUUGAAUCUGCAGCAGUUGAUUUCUUAUACUAUGCAUAGCCUUUAAUUGUUUCAUUAUUGAUUUUGGUUGGAUUAUGGCAUUACUGUUUGAAAAAUGGAGCUUUCAGCCUUUGUGAUUUGCACUGGAUAAAAAUACUCAGCAUUUCACUGUCUUCCCUGCCCUCCCCCCCCAGCUUUGGUAACUUAGCUACAGAAGAUGUCUGAUUUAAAUUCAUGACCCUUCUUUUAAAAUUCCAUGUUUCACUUUUUAAUCCAGAAAAACUGAAGUCCGUUUUUAUAGCUGUCUAAACCUUAGUCAAGUUUGUGAAUGGUGAUGUGACUUAACAGACAACUGUCUUGUUUAAACAAUGCUUCUCAUUCAUGGGAUGGCUUCUGUCUGGGAAGGGAAUAAAGAAAUGAACUUUGUGGCCUUAUAUUACUGAA